AAGUUAUUACACUUCAAGAGGUGAAGGUCUCACCAGUUAAGAAGUUUUAAAGACAGUUUUUGAAACAAGGUUUCCAUUUUUGGGAUAAAUUCCCAUCUUUUAAAACAACUUUUUAGUAUUUGACUCCAGUUUUUCGAAUUUUUAACCUGCCAAAAUUUUCGAAAAUGACUCCACUCUCGUUUCUCCUGACAGUAUUUUUGUUCGCCUUGGCCUGGCUGGUGCUGACUAAGGGGGGAAAGAAAUCUAAGGGAAAAUUCCCUCCAGGUCCCCGGGGACUUCCACUUCUCGGAAAUUUGACACAAGUAGGAUGCCGAAUGCAUGUCGUCCUGCGAGAAUGGGCUAAACAAUACGGGAGCAUAUUUAGCAUUCAGCUCGGUCUGGAAAAAAUCGUGGUCGUGGACGACUACAAAUUGAUGAAGGAAAUCUUUAACGAACCAGCGUUCUCUGGCAGACCGCAGAACGAAGUCUUCCUCGGCAUGUCGCAGGGCAAUUAUGGAGUUAUCAAUUCUGAGGGCAGCACUUGGGAGACGCAACGCCGUUUCACGCUCCGACAUCUGCGAGACUUCGGGUUUGGGAAGAACUACAUGGAAAAUUUGAUCCAGGACGAGGUCAAGGAGAUUCUCGACUGGUUGAAGGGCGAAGAAGGUCGUCUCGUCAAUCUCAAUAGGAAAUUCAGCCUCGCCGUGUUGAAUGCUCUGUGGUCAAUUACAAGUGGGAAACGGUACCCGCAAAAUGAUUCCACUCUGACAAAUAUGUUGGACAGCUCGAUUCGAGCGUUCAACUCACUCUCGGAGACGGGGCUGCUGCUUUUCGCCCCCUGGGCGAGACAUUUAGCGCCCGGAUUGACGGGGUGGAACACUCUGCAGGCAUCGAUAGGAGAAAUGACUUCAUUUUUUAAGAAGACCGUCCACGAGCAUAAGGAAACUUUUAGUGGGGACCAUAUCCGAGACUUUGUUGACCACUAUAUUCAAGAAAUUGAGGCGACGACCGACCCCAAGUCAAGUUUUCAUCAAGAGGAGGGAUAUAAACAUUUAAGCGCGACUGUGGGCGACUUAUUCCAAGCGGGGGCCGAGACCACGUCGACCACGCUGGUCUGGGCGGUCCUCUAUCUCACGAGUCAUCCCACAAUUCAGGAAAAAAUGCAGGAGGAGAUUGACCGUGUCGUUGGAAAUUCAAGGCUACCCACGCUACAAGACCGGGCAAGCAUGCCUUACACAGAAUCCGUAAUUUUUGAAGUCCUCCGAAUGUCCUCUCUCGUUCCGUCGGGUCUAUUUCACAGGGCCAUUGAAAACAAAGAGUUUCACGGCUACGUCAUCCCGAAAGGGACGUGGAUCAUCGGGAAUUUGUGGUCGGUCCAUAAUAACCCCGAGAUUUGGGGUGACCCCGAGAACUUCCGGCCGGAACGGUUCCUCUCAGAAGACGGAACCAAGGCAAAGAAACAUGAGGCCUUGGUCCCUUUUCAAGUCGGAAAACGUGCCUGUUUAGGCGAACCCUUGGCGAGGGACACGAUAUUUCUAUUUCUUGCCAGCAUUUUUCAAAAAUUUCAAGUUGGUCCGGAUCCAGAGAAUCCGAAGUUAGAUUUUGAACCAAUGAUUGGAUUCAUACUAGUACCCAAACCGUUUAAUGUCGUGAUGAAGGAGAGGCACUAGCGUAAUUUGGGAGGAUUAAGACUGUGAUUUUUAUACUUUUUAGUAAAAUAAGUUUGUGAUUGCAGUGAGAUUAGUAUUUAUGUACAUAUGAAACUUAAUUAAAAUUUUAGCUCUAAAUGUUAUGAGCAGUAGUACAUUUAAGUUAAAUUUUAAUUAUUUAAUAAAAUACAGGAAAACUUUUGACUUGAAGAUUUUUGACUACCAAUUUUAUUCCUAUUAUUGAAAAUUGAAAAUUGAAUGUUACGAUUUAAUCUGACCUGUAUGAAAAAAAUAUAAACGUUUCUGCAAAUUAUCAUAAAUGAUGUAAAACUUUCUCAGUUUUUGUUUAUUAAUUUUACCAAAAAAUGUAUGAAAUGGUACUCGCUUUAAUUGAUAAAUACAAGACAUACAUUUUUUGGUAAAUUCUAAAAUUUCCUGGUAGAAGGAAGGAGACUUGCGUAAUUUAAGGAUUAAGACUAAUUAUUUGAAUUUGUUUACAAGUUUAUUAUUUCAGUUAUGUAUGUAUGAACAUGAUUUAAUAUUUUGGCUCUAUGUUGCAUUGCAUUCAAGGUAGUAAUAUUUGAACUAUUUAAUAGUAAGUUAAAUUUUUGUUUUGAUACAUUGAACAUUUUAUUGUUAGACAAUUAAUGCAAGAGUACAAAUCCUGUAUUGAAUAUGAAGAACAGAAAAUAUCCUAGCAAAUAUCUUAGCAAAUAUCCUAGCGUGAAUAGCAGAAACCUAUGAUACCAAUGAAUAAUACAACUUCUUGUAAGUUCUGGUAAAAGAUGUCGAAUUUACUCACUUUGUAUUUCUUAAUUUUUAUCAGUCAUAUUUUAUGACUCGUAAAACAUGCACGAAAUAAUGCUUGAAAUAAAUAUGCACGUUUUUUUGGGA